CACCGAGCACACACCGACCUCCUCGUCGCCCCCGCCGUCGCCCUCACCGCCGCCGCCGCCUCCGCCGCCUCAAGACCACGCCAAGCACCGGCCUUCCACCCUCUCUCCUCUGCCCACCAUGGUCCGCGUCUCUGUCUUGAACGACUGCUUGAACAACAUUGUCAACGCUGAGCGCAGGGGCAAGCGCCAGGUGCUCAUCCGCCCCUCCUCCAAGGUCAUCGUCAAGUUCCUCAGCGUCAUGCAGCGCCACGGCUACAUUGGCGAGUUUGAGAUCGUCGACGACCACCGGUCUGGCAAGAUCGUCGUGCAGCUCAAUGGCCGGCUGAACAAGACGGGCGUCAUCUCGCCCCGUUACAACGUCCAGGCCCGUCAAAUCGAGUCGUGGGUCAACUUGCUCCUGCCCGCUCGUGGGUUCGGCAUCAUCAUCCUUACGACGUCGUCUGGCAUCCUCGACCACGAGGAGGCGCGUCGCAAGAACGUUGGUGGCAAGCUGUUGGGCUAUGUGUACUAGGCUGUUUCCAUGUAUCUCUGAGACAUCGAUGCCCCGGGCAUCUCCAAAAUGAUUAUGCACGCUGCGUAUGCGAAUGUACUACUC